CUGUCACGUGACGCGCGUGGCGACGUGUCGGCCAUCUUGUGUUGUUGAGGCUGAGGACUGACUUGGGUUCUGAGAGACUCCCUGUCCCGGACCGCAGUGUUAAAAGGACCUGAACAUCGUCUACUCAAACCUCCUGCUGUGAACCGGCAGUACUUUUGAACAGAAGGCAGCUGGAUUCUCAUAUCUGCUUCUGCGUUCAAUCCAUUGCUGUUUAUUACUUUGGUUGAAGUACGUGAAGGAAACUCAUCCUCACAAAGAUAUUAUGUAGUUGGAAAAGGAAAGAAUGUUUUAAGAGCUUUUCAGAUCAUUGCAGAUAUUCUUCAAUAUUACAGUAAAAUUCGACAAAUAGUUUUUAAAGAUUUCUCCACAAAUAAAAAUCUAUUGUAAAAAUACGGAAAAGAAUGGCAGCGGAAACGCAGACACUGAACUUUGGGCCUGAAUGGCUCCGAGCUCUGUCCAGUGGUGGGAGCAUUACAUCCCCUCCUCUGUCUCCCGCAUUGCCGAAGUAUAAAUUAGCAGACUAUCGUUAUGGCAGAGAAGAAAUGUUAGCACUUUUCCUUAAAGACAACAAGAUACCUUCAGAUCUUCUCGAUAAAGAAUUUCUGCCUAUCCUACAGGAGGAGCCCCUGCCACCGUUGGCUCUUGUACCCUUUACAGAAGAAGAACAGAGAAACUUUUCCAUGUCUGUAAAUAGUGCUGCUGUCCUGAGACUGACAGGACGAGGAGGAGGAGGAACAGUGGUGGGGGCUCCUAGAGGUCGAAGUUCUUCAAGAGGGCGAGGCAGAGGCAGAGGUGAAUGUGGUUUCUACCAAAGAAGCUUUGAUGAAGUAGAGGGUGUGUUUGGUCGAGGAGGUGGCAGAGAAAUGCAUAGGUCGCAGAGCUGGGAGGAAAGGGGUGACAGACGUUUUGAAAAACCAGGGCGAAAAGAUGUAGGGAGACCAAAUUUUGAGGAAGGUGGACCGACAUCAGUGGGGAGAAAGCAUGAAUUUAUACGCUCAGAAAGUGAAAAUUGGCGUAUUUUUAGAGAGGAACAAAAUGGAGAAGAUGAAGAUGGAGGUUGGCGCCUGGCUGGAUCAAGAAGGGAUGGAGAAAGGUGGCGGCCUCACAGUCCUGAUGGCCCUCGUUCUGCAGGCUGGCGGGAACACAUGGAACGACGGCGAAGGUUUGAGUUUGAUUUUCGAGAUCGGGAUGAUGAACGGGGUUACCGAAGGGUGCGCUCCGGCAGUGGAAGCAUAGAUGAUGACAGGGAUAGCUUGCCUGAAUGGUGCUUAGAGGAUGCUGAAGAAGAAAUGGGCACAUUUGACUCAUCUGGAGCAUUCCUCUCUCUAAAGAAAGUACAGAAAGAGCCUAUUCCUGAAGAGCAGGAGAUGGACUUCCGGCCUGUAGAGGAAGGGGAGGAGUGCUCUGACUCCGAGAGUAGCCAUAAUGAAGAAGCCAAAGAACCCGAUAAGACAAAUAACAAAGAGGGAGAGAAGACAGAGAGACUAGGAGUUGAAGCUAGUGAGGAAACACCCCAAACCUCAUCAUCAUCUGCUAGGCCAGGUACUCCUUCAGACCAUCAGCCUCAGGAAGCACCACAAUUUGAGAGGAAAGAGGAAUCCAAAACUGAACAAACAGAAAAAGCUGAAGAAGAGAGUCGGACAGAAAAUAAUCUGCCAACCAAAGUGCCCAGCAGAGGGGACGAAAUGGUUCCUGAUGUCCAGCAACCCCUGUCACAGAUUCCUUCAGAUACAGCCUCUCCUCUUCUCAUACUUCCACCUCCUGUUCCCAGUCCAAGUCCUGCCCUCCGGCCAGUUGAAACGCCGGUCGUAGGUGCUCCUGGUAUGGGCAGUGUUUCCACAGAGCCAGAUGAUGAAGAGGGUCUCAAACAUUUGGAGCAGCAAGCUGAGAAGAUGGUGGCUUAUCUCCAGGACAGUGCACUAGAUGAUGAGAGAUUGGCAUCAAAACUGCAGGAGCACAGAGCUAAGGGAGUCUCAGUUCCACUGAUGCAUGAAGCAAUGCAGAAGUGGUAUUACAAAGAUCCUCAGGGAGAAAUUCAAGGUCCCUUCAAUAAUCAGGAGAUGGCUGAGUGGUUUCAGGCGGGCUAUUUUACUAUGUCUUUAUUGGUGAAGAGAGCAUGUGAUGAAAGCUUCCAACCUCUUGGUGACAUCAUGAAGAUGUGGGGAAGGGUUCCCUUUUCUCCUGGUCCAGCUCCCCCUCCUCACAUGGGAGAGUUGGACCAGGAACGACUGACCAGGCAGCAGGAACUCACGGCAUUGUACCAGAUGCAGCACCUCCAGUACCAGCAGUUCCUAAUACAACAACAGUAUGCACAGGUUUUGGCUCAACAACAGAAAGCAGCCCUGUCUUCUCAGCAGCAGCAACAGUUGGCACUUCUUCUCCAACAGUUCCAGGCACUAAAGAUGAGAAUAUCUGAUCAGAACGUCAUUCCCUCAGUAACUAGGUCUGUGUCGGUGCCAGAUACUGGUUCUAUCUGGGAGCUUCAGCCGCCAGCCUCGCAGCCUACAGUUUGGGAAGGUGGUAGUGUGUGGGAUCUUCCCCUUGACACCACGACCCCAGGACCUGCCCUUGAACAGCUUCAGCAGAUGGAGAAGGCCAAAGCUGCAAAGCUGGAGCAGGAGAGAAGAGAGGCAGAAAUGAGGGCAAAACGGGAAGAGGAGGAGCGAAAGAGGCAAGAGGAACUCCGGAGACAACAGGAGGAAAUUCUUCGGAGACAGCAGGAGGAAGAAAGGAAAAGGAGGGAGGAAGAAGAGCUUGCCCGUAGGAAACAGGAAGAGGCUUUGCGACGCCAGAGGGAGCAAGAAAUUGCAUUAAGGCGACAGCGAGAAGAAGAAGAAAGACAACAGCAAGAAGAAGCUCUUAGAAGACUAGAGGAGAGGAGAAGAGAAGAGGAAGAAAGGCGGAAGCAGGAAGAAUUGUUACGCCAGCAGGAAGAGGAGGCUGCAAAAUGGGCCCGGGAAGAGGAAGAAGCCCAGCGUCGGUUAGAGGAGAACCGGCUGCGAAUGGAAGAGGAGGCAGCCAGACUCCGGCAUGAGGAGGAGGAGCGGAAGAGGAAAGAGCUGGAGCUGCAGCGGCAGAAGGAGUUAAUGCGGCAGAGGCAGCAGCAGCAGGAGGCUCUUCGGAGGCUGCAGCAGCAGCAGCAGCAGCAGCAGCUGGCACAGAUGAAGCUUCCCUCUUCUUCAACAUGGGGCCAGCAGUCCAAUACAACAGCGUGUCAGUCCCAGGCAACACUGUCUCUGGCUGAAAUCCAAAAACUAGAAGAGGAACGAGAACGGCAGCUUCGAGAAGAGCAAAGGCGCCAGCAGAGGGAAUUGAUGAAAGCUCUCCAGCAACAGCAGCAGCAACAACAGAAACUCUCAGGUUGGGGGAAUGUCAGCAAACCCGCAGGUACCACGAAGUCUCUUCUGGAGAUACAACAGGAAGAAGCCAGGCAAAUGCAGAAGCAGCAGCAGCAGCAGCAGCAGCAGCACCAGCAGCCAAAUAGAGCCCGGAAUAGUACGCAUUCCAACCUGCACACCAGCAUUGGGAAUUCUGUUUGGGGCUCAAUAAAUACCGGUCCCCCUAACCAGUGGGCAUCUGACCUAGUCAGUAGUAUCUGGAGUAAUGCUGACACUAAAAACUCCAACAUGGGAUUCUGGGAUGAUGCAGUGAAAGAGGUGGGACCUAGGAAUUCAACAAAUAAAAAUAAAAACAACGCCAGUCUCAGUAAAUCUGUAGGUGUGUCUAACCGGCAGAAUAAGAAAGUAGAAGAAGAAGAAAAGUUGCUGAAGCUCUUUCAGGGAGUAAAUAAAGCCCAAGAUGGAUUUACCCAGUGGUGUGAACAGAUGCUUCACGCCCUUAAUACGGCAAAUAACUUGGAUGUUCCGACAUUUGUUUCCUUCCUCAAAGAAGUAGAAUCUCCUUAUGAGGUCCAUGAUUAUAUUAGGGCCUAUUUAGGAGAUACCUCGGAGGCCAAGGAGUUUGCCAAGCAGUUCCUCGAGCGCCGUGCCAAACAGAAAGCCAGCCAGCGGCAGCAGCAGCAGCAGCAGCAACAGCAGCAGCAGCAGCAGCAGCAGCAGCAGGAGCCUGUGUGGGGGAUGAACCACAGUGCACUCCAUUCAGUGUUUCAGACCAAUCAGAGCAACAACCAACAAUCCAAUUUUGAAGCCGUACAAAGUGGCAAGAAGAAGAAAAAACAGAAGAUGGUCCGAGCAGAUCCCAGUUUAUUAGGGUUUUCAGUCAAUGCUUCAUCGGAGCGACUCAAUAUGGGUGAAAUCGAGACUCUGGAUGACUACUGAGCACCUGCCCGUGGCCUGGCCUUCCCUCUCCUCUCUGCUGACCAUGGAUUCUCCACCUUUGGACACAACUCUUCCUCACCAUUUACUCUCUAUCACUCUGCAACAAAUCACAGAACCGAUCAUCUCAGGCUUUUUCUUCUAGCCCUUUGUGUCCAAGAUUCUUUAAACCGUUUUUGUUGGUGAGCAUCUCAGACUGUAGAUAAGUGGACCGGACCCUGUGUCUCGGGGGUGGCAGUGGGGAUCACUCCCCAACAAGGCUGAUUUUGGGCAGCACCUGUUUACUGUGCCGUGAUUUCAUCUGCUGUCUCCCAGAAAGUGUGUUGGGAUCUGCCAAUAGCAAUUUACUUCCUCUUGUCACUUUUUUCCUUCUAUUUUGUUUUUCUUCUUCUUUUUGUCUCCCCCCUCCCCCACUCCCCAUAAGGGCAAGGGGUCUAAAUGGUGCAAUCAUGAAGAGAGUUAAUGGUAACAGACCUUGGCCAACAACAAAACGCCCAUGGACUGUGACUUGAGUGUCCAACAGAGACAGUCAGAGCUUUCCCAGUCUGAAGGUUGCAUUGCCACUGCUAACUUUGGGAUUGCAUCAAAGAGACCCUGAGUGGGGUGGAGUUUAGAUUGGAUUGGUUUGAUGUUGCACACCCCUCACCUGUUCUUUCUGAGCAUCCUUUCGGAGAAAGAAUUCAUUUUUUCUUCAUUAGAUAGUGACUUCCAAACAAGCUGACUUCUCCCCUGGCAUACUCCAACCUGAUUGGACAAAGGAAACCCUGUGGCCUGGGAGAGGGACUUAUUCUUAAUUUUUCUUUCUUACAAAAACUGAUUUUUCCCAUAAAUAUUUUUACUUCAGAGGACUAGGACCAGUUUGUUUUGGGCCUUUCUGCUGAAAAUUUGUCUCGUUUAAGAGGCAGCUAGGAUCUUUACCAUAUGUAUGAAUUUGUAUAAUUUCAUUUUGGAUAGGGAUAAACUUUUGCUUCUGAUAAAAGCCUGGAAUUUCAUCUGGUUCCUCAGAGCAUUGCGUGUGUGUCUUGCUGUGGCCCCGAAAAGGUUUUGUUUAAAGAUUCUGGAAUGGCAAGUUACUUGCCUUUUCUGAAAAGAGAACAUACAAAACCUGACCAUCUUUAAGAGCUUCGUCCUUGGAAACCACUAUACAGGAGAAUGCAGUGGGGGAGGGGAUGGGAGAGAACGGGCGAGAGAAGCCUGCUUCCGGCUUCUGGCCAUGGCCUCCUAACACCCCUUCACUUCGAACAUAAACGUGUCCAAGCCCUAUUUAUAAACAAAUCCUCUUCCUGCCUCCAGCAGCCCCCACAGAACAUCACGUGGAAUUGCCAGUCACACUUUGGUCUGGAGCCAUCGGGCCAUCCAUCCCUGUGUGAGAAGUGCUGUGGUUCGGUGGCUUCUGGUAGAGCACCUUUCUUUCUGUCGUCACUGCCUGAAGAAGGCUGGAGUUGCUCUGAGAGCGGUUUGGUUUUGGAUGAUUAUAUUUGGUUUCUAUUUUUAUUCUUUUGGAUCACCAUUCUCCCUAUCCCUUCUUGCCUCCCUCCCUCCUAAACAUGUACAAUAACUAUACAGAGACUGCUACAAACUUGUAUAUAGUUUUUGGAUUAAAUAGCAUGAGGAGAUGGGGAACCAUUUAAAAUUGGGACUCCUACUCUCCUUUGCUUUGUAAAUUCAAAAAGUGGGGGGUGGGGAAGAGGGAUAGUUAAAAUGUUUACAAAACUUUAAGCUCCCUCAGAACUUUUGCCAGUGUGGAGGAAAAUAAAAAAGAACUUAAAUAAAA